AUGUCCAGCAGAACGCAGCCCGAAGACCACGGCUCUUCAACAAACCCCUUCUCCUCCAGUUCGUUCGAAGCCCGCUUUCCCGCCACAGAAUGCGAGCCUGCCGUGGCGGUUGCUACAACACAUGAUGAUGCCGAUCCAGCUUCACACAGCCCUGACUUCCUCUGUAUGCCCGUGGCGAUCCAAGACCUAUCCGUCAACGAAAUACCUGUCACGGGCACUCGCGUUGUCGUUUCCCUCGGCGGGGCUAUUUCUUCUAUCAUGGAUAGUGGAGAAGCUAUCGUGCCCUUUCGCUUCCGCCAACAACCCAGAGAGCUGCUCGCUAUUGUGCAGUCAUUCAAAUCUGCCUGGUUCUCUCCAACAAUCGGCAGCCUGCAGUGUACUUGCUAUUAUGACCCUGCAAGCGACGAUGUUGUCCUACAUAAUUUGAGCCAGGUUCCAAUGCAGAUUGCCCCUAUCGAGGAUGACAACAAGAGCAGCGAAAACGAGCGGAGCACUUUGAACUUUCGCGACACCCGCCUCCUCUCACCAGGGCCAUGGAGAAUUUUCUCGGCAAAUUCACAAUCACAAGUACUGGCUGACCUAUUCCUUCUACGCCGUCCUUUUGAUCUAGCGAAACAUACCCAGAAAAGUCGAGCGGCUGCUUCAAAAAGGAAGAAUACUCGGUCUAGCGAGGCUCCGACCAAACGCCAGCGUAUUGAGGCCAGGAACUCCGUCCAGGGUCGAACCCUUAUCAAUAACCCGUUCCAGAGUCAAACAGAGGAAGCGAAACUGCAGCUCUGCAGCUCUGGCAAUCCGUUGCUCAACCUUCGUCCUGGACAGUCUCUCGUUGUUAGACCCGCUGCAGGGCGUCCCACCAAGACGCCCAAGGUUCGCUCACUCAAAACUUUCGUUCAGCAUAGAUCUGAGGCGUUGAAUGGAUCCGACAGCUAUUCGCUUCGCCAUACGCGGGACUUGGCCGCCCAUAAAGGGUUUGCAUCUGUUUUCAGCGCUCGCCACGCCGUGUUCGGGAAUAUCGUGGUCAAGGUUAUCCGAACCAAACAAGUGCCACAGCAUUCUUACAUCCCAAUCAUCGCUCGAAACUGGAAGAACGAGGAACAGCUUCUCCGCAGAGUUAGUCAUCCAUCAAUUAUCAAAUUUUACGAGUCGGAUGCUCGCCUAUUCUCGAUAUACAUGGAGUACUUACCCACUCCGGACCUCAAUGGGAUGAGACAUCGCCAUGACAAUUAUUUCAGCGGCACGGACAAAGAUGCUGACCGCAUCCUCUGCGAUAUGGCCUCGGCGCUUCAAUACCUUUUUGGCGAGCGCAUCCAGCACAACGAUAUCAAGCCGGGAAACAUUCUUUAUGGCUCUGAACGCGGCGCUGUGCUUAUAGAUUUUGGCCUGGGCGCGGUUCACGGUAGCCAGACCUGUACCGGCGGGACACCUUGGUAUGUUCCUCGGGAGUUCUAUACGCAGUCCGAAAGAGGGCCUAAAAGCGAUGUCUACGCCCUUGGUGUGGUUAUGCUGUACGUUUUGAGAAAAAGUCCGCUGCCUGAUGUCACUGAGACUGGUUGGAUCAUUUCUAAGGUCCCUGAGGACAGCUCACAAGCCGCUAUUAUGCAAUCAUGGCUUAGAAAGGUAGAGGCGAUACGGGACAAGCUUUCAGGCUCUGAGACUGAGAAACUAGUCAGCGGCAUGCUACAUCCGUCACAGGACGAAAGAUUGUCAACUAAAAGACUUAUGGAGGUGUUGCCAAUCCGAAGGUUAGAUGGGCAGGACACUAGUCUAAGUUGUUCUGAAAAAGGGCAGGAACGAGAUAGACCCAUGAUGAGAAGAACAAGUUCUAUCAGGGGGCUCUGA